CCUGAAAUAAUAGUUUUAUGAGAUCAACAAAAGGAUAUGUGUAUUACUUACAUUAUCUAUCACAACUGGUUGGUUUACGAUUACAUCAUAAGCCUCCAUUUUUUAAUAAUCACUAAUAUAUUUUCUUGUAUUUCAAUAGCUAUACUUUAAUAAAGUGAGUUUAUUAUCUUUCUACACAUCCCAAAUUUAAUUUCCAUCAAUGAAUGCCGAUGAAUGAUGUCACUUUUCACUUUAUUUUAAAUGUCAAAUGCCAAACUGUCAUAAUAACCUAAAAUGACAUUUUUAAUUCUUCUUUUUAUGUGAUCAUUCCCGUACUAUAUUCUAAUGCAUUUGCCAGCCACCAUAUUAAUAAAUAAUAAUUUGUUCUGUGUUUCUGUCAUGCUUAAGAGCCCAUUCCACCUUUGUGUUAAACGAAGUUUAAAAUGACAUUUUUACAUAUGACAUUAAUAAUGUAAAAAUGUCAUUUUAAACUUCGUUUAACACAACGGUGGAAUCGGUCCUAAGCAAAAGUAAUUAUGUACUAAUGCGCAUAAUCGAGGUAUACAAUUCAUCAUAAUCAUAUUCGAUAAUAAAUAUCUGAGCAAAAAUAUUAAAUAAUGUAAUCGACGUACCAAGCAAAAUAAAGAUAAGAUGAAUAUUUGGACGUGAAAGCCAUAAAGAAACAUAAAAUUUAACGUUUUUGUCGAUUUUGGCCUCUUUUUGCAUACACCCAUCGCCAAACAUGUAAAUUUUUGUUAUGAGUGUUAUGACAUAAAAAACUGUCAUAGUUUUAGGCAAAUACGAUGACAACACAAAAAGGAAGAAGUAAUGAUUUCAAAAAGGGGUGUUUAUAUUUUUGAUACAAGCUAAAGUUAAAAAUAUAAACAUGGAUUUAUCCCCCCCUAUUAAGCCUCCUAGGGGGGUAAAACCAGUUAAAGAAACAAGUGGUCUUCUGAUGUCAGUGAUUCGUACUUUAUCUGCAAGUGAAACUAAUGAACAGAGGGAUAGGGAAAAAGCAAAAUUGGAAACAGAUUAUAAAUUAUGUGAUCAGAAACUCGACGAACUUGUUUCAAAGCAUGAAAAUGACCUAACAAAGGUAAUGCAAUUAUUUGGAUCUAUUUCUCAAAUUGUAACUACUAACAGAGAAAAAAUACGAAGUGUAAAGGAAAACUUGCAAGACUGCAAGAGAAAAUUAGGAUGCAAGAGAGAUGAACUUAAAAAUUUAUGGCUCGAAGGGUUAGAGUAUAAACAUAUGUUGCAGCUAAUUGAAGAAGUUGAAAAAAUGAAUGAGGUUCCUAAUCACCUCUCUACAUAUAUGGCUCGAAAACAGUACUUACAUGCUACAAAUUUAUUAGUAGAGGCAGUAAAUCUGGGCAAAGGAACUUUGGAAGGAGUAGAAAGCCUUAAGGAACUUGGUCAAGAGUUAGAACAAAAGAAAGAGCAAUUACAUUUUCAACUUUUAUCGGAAUUAAAACAACACUUGUAUGUAAAACCAUCACAACAUGUAUUAGCGUUAAGAAGGCAAGGAUCUGCCCAAGAUUAUUUAUUUGGAAAUUCUCCUCUUCAGAGAAGUAUAGAACUUAGAAGAUCAGGUAGAAACAAAUCUUCAGUUUCUAAAAAUUUGUUUAAUGUUUCAAGCAGUGAUAAAAAAUCUAUGUUUGGUGAAGAUUUUUAUGUUGAAGAAAAAUUAGAUAUUGCAAAUCCUGAAGAAAAUCAUAGUAAUUUUGUUGCCAUACUAGUAAAAAGCUUGUGUUUAUUAGAAAAAUUGCCAUAUGCUGUUAAGGAGAUAGUUCAAGAGAUGCAACUAUCUUUAACACAAAUCAUAGAAAGAACAACAAAUAAUAUAAAAAAUUUAGUAGAUUUAAAUGACCAAAAGGCAAUAUUAAAAGAAUUGGUUCAAAUUCUCUUUGAGCAAUAUAAGGAAGUUGCAGACUGUCAUUAUGUUUUUAUGAUGUGUGUAGAACAAGCGAAAAAAGCACAUAAUGUUGAAGUUAAUUCUUAUGAUACUCAAUAUUUUUGGUCACAAGUUCAAACAGUGUUGCAGUCAUUUUUAUCAGAGUAUUUAGACAUUCAGUACAUGUCAAGUGAUUUGCAACUUAGUGAUAUUAAUAAUGUAAAUGACAUUUCUUCUUACUUUUCAAGACGAAAGCAAGUGACGAAGAAAAAUGUGUUUUUUAAAUUUGAAGGUUCAUCCAGUGCGUUAAGUUUAAGUAGUACCUUAAAAUCUGUACAAAAGAAUAAAGUAUUAAUUUGUCCCCCUCAUCCAAAUAAUAUAUUAAUAAUUUUUAUUCCAUUUAUGUGUUUCUUAGAAGAUUUAGAUCAGUCAGUAGGCAUAAAAAAACAAGGAAAUUCGAAUUUAUAUCAGUUUUUAACUGAUUAUAUUUCAAAUGUUUACCUAAAACGAAAAUCUACUGAAAUAUUGGAUCAAAUUGAGUCGGCAAUAAGAAUUUCGGAUGCCUGGAAAGCAACUGUUUUAUUAGACCUAACUUCAGAUUAUAAGCCCUUAUUAGUGAGUACUGUAACUGUAGAAAGAUGUGUUAGAGAAUGGAAAGCUGUGCUUAAGGCACUGCCACUAUACAGUGAAAAAAUUGCAGAAUACUCUUGUAGAGCCUUAAAAGAAUACAAGGAUACCUGUGAUACUGCAUAUAGAAGAAUAGUUCAACCACAGUCUGAUGACAGCAGACGAAUUUGUAGUGCUGCAUGGCUUAAAGAUGAUGAUAUCAGUAGAUUUUUAAAAUCGUUACCUAAUUGGCUGAAUCUGAAAGCCCAACAAGAAUACCACGCUCGGGGUGAAAGAAAUAAGAAAAUACUUAAACGUGAUCAGCCUUCAGAAGAAGAGAGUCCUGAAGAUGUAAGAAUGAGAAACCGAAGAGAAGCUGAGAUGUUGGCUAGUAAUCUUGGCGAAGGAGGUGUCUCCGCUGGAGAAUUUAUUUCCGAUAUGAAUUUAUUGAAAGAACUUGCACAACUUCAGGAAAGUAUGGAAUGGUUUUCAGUACGAAUGUUUCAAUAUACUAGUGAAUUCAGGCAAGAACCUUUAGGCUUAUCUCCACCUCAGCAGGUAAAAGACAAUAACCACAUCGACCAUCCUUCACCCGUUUCAGCUUCCACACUUCAACAUUUGACGAGUAUAACUCAAGAAUUUGAUGAAUUAGCCAAUACGUGCCUUUUGCUUCUUCAUUUAGAGGUUCGCGUACAAUGUUUCUAUCAUUUAUUAGCACACACCCAUUACAAUAAGGACACUCAUGAGCCCGAUCCUAAAGUAUUGGAACUCAGCCGGGUUUUGGCUAACGUUGACGAAGCUAUGGCUAACAGCCUGCAUCCAAGGAAGUGCAAGUAUAUUUUUGAAGGAUUGGGUCAUCUGAUUGCAAAAAUACUCAUAAGUUCUGCGCAAUAUAUGAAUGUCAUCGAUGAGACUGGCAUUCAACGAAUGUGCAGGAACAUUUUUACUUUGCAACAGACGUUAACGAAUAUUACUAUGACAAGAGAAGUAGCCUUGGAUCACGCUAGGCAUUAUUUUGAGUUGUUCUUCUUGACACCUGAGGAAAUUCUUAAUGGUAUCGUAGAUAAAGGACCGGAAUUCUCCGAACUGGAAUACAUGAACGCCUUCCAACUUUUGAAUAGAAGCAAGUCAGAUAAAGAAUUGGUAUCAGUAUCAGUCCAUUUGGAGCGAUUAACAGAAAUUCUUGGAGAAGUUGGUAUAACGGUUUGAUUAAAAUUUUAACUUAUACUAGAAAUUUGUAAUUUAUUUGAUUUUAUUUAUAAUUACAGAUAAAAAAUAUAUAAUAUGUUAAGUUGUUUAAAGAAAAUGUUUCUAUUAAAAUGGAUUAUUUAUAUAGAAGAAUUUUGUUUUUUCACAGUUCGUCUCUUUUGUUAAACAAUUUCUGGUUUUCUUUAAAUGGCAAACUUUCCCAGAAUUUUUGGUUUCCUACUUGUUCCUUCUUUUCCAUGUAAAGUUUAUCCGGACUAUCUAUGCGGAGAUGCAUCCAUGGAUCACUUGUUUUCUUUGAUUGCGGGGACCAAUCUGAGGUUAUGUUUGGUUUUCU